AUUUUAUUAUAAAUAUGUAUAUUAUGUAAUUAUAUAUUUGUAUAAAUAAUUAUAAAUAUCGUAUAAAAUUUAAAAAAUAUAUCAUAAAAUAAUUUUUUUAAUAUAUUAUUUUUUUAGUAUAUAUAAAAUGAAUCCUUUAACAAACGUAAAAAAUAUACAAAAACUUGGAGAACAAGAAUUAUUAGGCGAUAGAAAAACAUCUUGGCAUGAUCAAUAUAAAAAUAGCGCUUGGAUCUUUAUUGGUGGAUUACCAUAUGAUUUAACAGAAGGUGAUGUAAUAACAGUAUUUUCUCAAUUUGGAGAAGUUGUAAAUAUAAAUUUAAUUAGAGAUAAAGAUACAGGAAAGCAAAAAGGAUAUGGUUUUUUAUGCUAUGAAGAUCAAAGAAGUACGAUAUUAGCUGUUGAUAAUUUUAAUGGUACUAAGAUUUUAGGCAGAACAAUAAGAGUUGAUCAUGUAUCAAAUUAUAAAACACCAAAAGAUUCAAAAAAUAUUGAUGAAGAAACUAAAAAAUUAAGAAAGGAAGGUUGCGCUCCCAAAAGAUUUAGUUAUUGAUAAUAUGCUAUUAUUUUUAGUAUAAAUAUGUUUAUAAUAUUAUAAUAUAAUUGUAUAUUAUAUUUUUACAAAAAUAUUUGAUUUUUAAGAAAAAAUUGUAGUUUUUAUUAAAAUAUAACUUACACUAUUAAAAACAACAAUUUAAUUUACAUUUUAAUUUAAAGUUAAUGUAAUGUAGUACAAAAUUAAUUUCUUGUAUUUCUUUAAGUAAGUUUAAAAUUAAAUAUAUAUUGAAAAUUUUAAAACUUA